AUGAGGUUGGGAACGAGACUACCGACGGUGCUCUUGCUUGUCUCCGCUGUGCUAUGUCAGGACAAGGCAGGGCCCCAUAGGUGUCCGCCUCGCUGUCUGUGUUACAAGUUCCUCCCUCACGUCAGCUGUAGAAGGAAGAACAUCAGGGAAAUCUCACCGCACCUACCUCAAAGCACAAAACAACUGGACUACAGCAACAAUAACAUAAAGAGUGUUCCAGACUUUAUCUUUAGUAAGAUGGACAGGCUAGAAGAACUCAACCUCAACAAGAACAUGCUGACAGAGGGAGGGAUCACACAGUUCUCCUUCCUGGGUCUGUACAACCUGGGAAAACUGUACCUGGCCAACAACGACUUCGGCGUCAUCUCUCGCUCCAUGUUCCAGCAUCUCAGCAGGCUUAAGUACCUCGACCUGGCAGGGAACCGUAUCUACUCAGUGGAGCUGGAUGCAUUCUACUACCUACGAAACCUACAGAGCCUUGUAAUGAAGUACGACAACCCUAGGGCUCCCCUUCCCUCAUCAGCCCUGCACAUCACCACACUGCGCUUGUUACGUCUGUACGGGAGGAUGCCACAGAAAACUGUCCCACGCGGCUUGUUUGCAUAUCUGUAUAACGUGGAGUACAUUGAGCUGUUCGAUAUGAGUAUUAGAAGAGUGGAUCGCGAUCUCAUAUACGGUUCACAGAAGUUGUGGGGAAUCUCUAUGGACAUGAACAAGUUACGGGACUUGCCGGAGGACCUCUUCCGGUAUAAUAAGAACUUGAAGAGCAUAAGUUUGAGUUUUAAUCGCUUCCGUGACAUACCGAUGGCAGUUAAGCGUGUGACGUGGCUGGAAAACCUGUACUUCAACGGGAACCCUGUCAGAAUGCUAACUCCACAGUCGUUUGAAGGUCUGGGGGAACUGAAACUUCUCCACAUUGGAGCUAUUCCGGGGUUGGUCACAAUCAGCAGGACAUUCUUCUUGAACGUGCCAAAUUUAGAAUUUCUGUCGCUGUCUGGGAAUCGAAGACUGAGUAAAAUUCAUCAGGACGCAAUGCUGUACGUGCCGAAGCUGAAAAUGCUCAGUAUGGACAGGUGCAACCUCACAAGUUUGGACAAAUCCACUCUAAGCGGGGGGUAUCUCAGGGUGGUCUCCAUGGAGAACAAUCCGUGGUCAUGUGACUGUGGUUUGAAGUGGCUGACUGAGUUUCUGACAGGGGAAGAGAAAGUCCGUGUGACUAGUAAAGAAGACAUAACAUGCUCCAAGCCAAAACGGCUGGCUGGCAUGAAACUUGAGCAGGUGCCACCAAAUGAAUUUAUUGUCGCUGAGAGCAGGUGCUAA